CCAAUCUGUUUAGGCGGUGCCUGGAAAGUUGCCAGUUCGCUUAUUAUUCUCUUACACAAAGCGCGUGAACGCACGCAGAAGCUUUUGUCAAACAGAAGGUAUAUAUUUCGGCUUUUAAAAAUGUUGUAUUACUAUACAUAAUUCUAGUAGGCAUAUUUUUGUUCUGUGGAAUGCGAAGACAUCGGUUGGAUUUAUGAGCUGCUGGGCAGGACUGUAACUUGCAAGAGUAGGGGUCGGCCUCUCGUUGCCCUGAGAGACAGCAUCGGUGAUGGGUCUCUGGUAGGCAGAGUAGCCGGUCUGUAUUGGAUCAGAGCCUGUGACCUUGGAGCUGCGUGUCCCUCGGUCAGACUGAGGGAUCCAUGGGAGACCAAUCGCCCCUCCGCCUGGAGCGCCACUUCUCCGCCAACCUGCAGCUGGACCCCAUGGCCAGGCCUCAGAGGCAGCCGGAGGGCCCGGCCGCCUCGCCCGCGCUGCUGACGGUCCCGCCCUGCGAGGAGAGGGGGCGGAGAGGCCUGGUCCUGAGCACUGACAGCCAGGCCAGCAGGAGAAUGGGCAUCCAGCAGCUCAUCCCCCGGAGCCUGGUGUCGGCCAGUCGCCCGAGGAACCGGCACCACACCACCGUCAUCACCCUGCCCGUGGAGAUGCUCACGGACAAACGCGUCUCAGCCCCGGCCCCCGACCUGACCUGGGACGACUACGACAGCGAGGGCGAGGGCUUCUCUCUCCGCCGGAACCGCAGGAACAAGUCCUACCGCAAUGCCGUCAAGAGCCUGAACCCGGCGGCCAUGAUGCAGGACGCAGGGAGCGACUCACUCAGGCCCGACGGCCAGAACAGAGCCCCCAGCCCCCAGCCCCACCGCAGCCCCCGGCCCUCACCCAGCCCCCGACGCAGCAGGAAAGUAUUCGGAAGGAAGAGGAAUCAAAGGCAUGGGGGGUCCUUCAAAGAUGAACCCCGUCUCUACCAGGAGAUCCAGGAGCGCGGUCUACACUCCAACAACCAGAACACGGAAGAGGACCUGCUGGACGACCCGGUCGCUGGAUCUCCAGAACCAGAUGAGGGCAUCGUGGUUAAGAGCUACCGCCCCGCCCAGCGCACCUGGAGUCAGCUGCCACAGGUGACGGAGACGGGUCUUCUACAGCUGAUCUCAGUGGAAGAGCGCAAGAGACAAGAGGCCAUAUUUGAGAUCAUUACGUCCGAGUACUCGUACAAGCACAGCCUGGACAUCCUGGUGCGCCAUUUUAAAGGAAACGAGGACCUGAGAAACACCAUGACCACAACCGACCACCACCACCUCUUCUCCAACAUCGCAGACAUCCAGGCAGCCAGCAAGAGGUUCUUUGAGGACCUUGAAAGGCGCCACCAUAACACCGUUGUGAUUCGAGACAUCAGUGACAUCGUGCAGGAUCACGCCAGCCAUCAUUUCCAGCCUUACAUCACCUACUGCGCCAACGAGACCUUCCAACAGAGGGCGCUACAGAGACUGCUAAUCAGUAAUAAUGCGUUUAAGGAGGCGCUGAAGCAGAUUGAGAUGAGUGCGGAUUGCGGGGGGCUGCCGAUGAUCUCCUUCCUGAUCCUGCCCAUGCAGAGGGUGACCCGCCUGCCGCUCCUGAUGGACACCAUCUGUCAGAAGACCCCACAUCAGACCGCAGAGUACUUCGCCUCAGUCUGGGCAUUGAAGGCCAUUAGCAAGCUGGUGAGGAAGUGUAAUGAAGGAGCUCGCACCAUGGAGAGGACGGAGCUAAUGUACACCAUCCAGAAGCAGAUGGACUUCGGCAAGAUCAAGCCCUUCCCGCUGGUCUCCGCCUCGCGGUGGCUACGGAAACGGGGGGAGCUGACCGUGUGCACUGAUGACCUCAGCAUGUUCUGGAAGGCCUUCAGCACAAAGAGCUACUACCUGUUCCUGUUCAACGACGUGCUCAUCCUCACCCGGAAGAAAAGUGAGGAGAGCUUUGUGGUGAUGGACUACGCCACUCUGGAGAACGUGGAGGUCGAGCCGGAACCGUCGGACGGACAGUCGUCUCCGCCAAUCAAGCAGAGCAGCUCGGCCCCCUACUCCCUGAAGCUGUUCAUGAGGAGGAACAGCGAGGGGCGGGCUGAACAGAUCAUCCUGGCGGCCGAGACUCAGAUUGAGCGCGCUCGCUGGGUAACAGCUCUCCAGCAGCACAAACAGAUGGACGGCUACGCCAAUAAAGAAGAUCUGCCGCAGUGCGAGGUCACUAAGGUCCACAUGUCCCAUGAGCCAGACGAGCUGGGCCUGCAGCAGGCCGAUGUGGUCAUCAUCCUGCAGAGGGUGGACGGCUGGUGCCACGGGGAGAGGAUGCGGGACGGGGAGAGGGGCUGGUUCCCGGCCAGCUGUGCGACAGAGAUCACCAACCGCAUCGCCGUGCAGCUCAACGUGGAGCGCAUGGAGAGGCUGCGGAAAGAGACCAACGUGUGAGACGCGACCACGCCUCACCCCUGCGAGACUGUGAGAGGAGCGGGGGAGGAACGUGCUGACCGGCGAGGAGCGGACUGACCAGGGACUCGGCUCAGAAAGACCUUCUUGUGAGACGUGGAGCACGCAUCACCGUUAGAGAGGUUACCGUGUCUGCACUGUGUCUGCAUUGUACAAAAAUAAUCAUCUAGAUGUUAAAUGCUGUACUGCCAAGUACUGAAUGCCGCAUACCUUAAAUGCAUUUUCUCAAAAUGGGUAUGAAGCCAUGAAGUCAAACUUAGAAUUUGACACAUCACCUUCUUUAGAAUAAAGACGAUUGGUCUUAAGGGGCUAUUUUUGGUCAGAUUGUUUAUGCCCAUCAGGCCUGCAGCUUUGAUCUCUGACAGUCGGGUGUCAAUGGCUCCGAUUGGCUGGGUUCUUUAUGAUGUCAUUGGUUAAAUGUGAGCAUGUGUGGAGACUAAAACACACCAAACAGAGGAGAGAACAGGAGGCGGUCAGUGGUUGGUUAGAAUUCACCUCAAAUGAAAACUGUAAUUAGAAUUUUACUAUAUAAAAACAAUUAUAUCCAAAA